GCUUCCUGGGCAGAUGGGAUAAAUUGUUAUUUUGUUGCCACUGUAGGCUCCUGUGUUGUCGGUGGAGUGUAAUUUACAUACUUGUAGCGAGUGUUGUAUUCGCUCGAUAACCAAUUCGAUUGUAUCAAUUCGCGAUGGUUCAUUCGAUGUAGUUGAAAUCAGUUGUUUUAUAGCCAGUUCGUGUGAAUUCAGGAUACAGCAGCCAGCCAGCCAGGACUGCUGUUGCGUAAUUACUGUACUAUGUGAGCUGUGUUUGUCUAAAUCUGUCAGGCUACGUUUUAUGCCUUUUUAUUGACCGUCUAUAUAGUCUAUUUAUUUGUUUACUUUUCAACCUAAAGAUAUAGUUUUAUCUGUGCUAAUGGGGAACAGUAGAACAUACAUCAGUAUAGGAUAUGCUACCUUUGGUAUGCUGGUUGGAUUUUCAGCUUUUUUGGUCUGGAACAUAGCAUACAAACAACAGUGGACGGCGGCAAUGGGCGGAUUGUCAGGAGUGCUGGCGCUCUGGGCCCUUGUCACCCACAUUAUGUACCUGCAGGACUACUGGCGCACAUGGCUGAAGGGACUCAAGUUCUUCAUCUUCGUUGGGGGUCUCUUCUCCAUACUGGCUGUGGUGGCCUUCGCUACUUUCCUCACCCUUGCCAUCACACAGAAGCAAUCGCCCACUGACCCAACGAGCCUGUACCUGUCCUGUGUCUGGAGCUUCCUCACUCUCAAAUGGGCCUUCCUCCUGGCCCUGUACUCCCACAGGUACCGCCAGGAGUUUGCAGACAUCAGUAUCCUCAGUGACUUCUGAUCACCCUCCAUUUUACCCGCCAUACACUGGGUAGGAGUUUUGCAGAGCAGGGUUUGGGGAACCAGCCAGUUGCAGAAGAGUUGUUCAAAAAUAGGUUUCAACGAAAGAGAGCUCGGAGAAGCUGGGAUGGCUGCAUAAGAGUUCUUUGAACUUUUGGUCGACAUAGUUACACACUCCGGACAAGCACUAAAUUGUUGUCAACCCCCACUACUAUACAUACAGUAACAGCUCUUUU